CAUUCGCGCCAUCAUUCAAGCUUCCCCUCGUAUUCAUCCCAAUUCCCCCUUUCCCCGCCCUUGAUCGAUAUUUGUUGAGCCCCUCUGCAAUUCAGCCUUUCUUACGUUCCAUCCUCUUUGCUACUACCUUUCUCGAAAGUAUGGCAGAGGUGGACGUUGGUGCGAUACCCCUCUACAGAAGUUUAAUCGAUGAGCUCCUGUCGCGCGCCGAACAUGCAAAACCCGACGGGCAGAUCGAACCCCCUUUGACCGAAGCGCAACUUGGAGACUCAUUCUGGCUCAUUCAAGGCGAGGAUGCGCAAGUUAUCAAGAAGCUCGGCCAGCAGACUCAGCUCGCUGCGGUAGAGAUUGCCUUCCGAGAGAAGUUCUACAGCCUUUUGGCUACCACUUCGAUUGACGAACCUUCCUUCAUCCGGAUCUGGAACCUCCUCGAUAUCAUCUCGAUCUUCUCCGAUAACGAACAAUGUGAGCCUGGCUUGAUUUUCUGGUUGAUUGAAGAAUUGCUCGACAGCCAGACCAUUGAUGGAUGCCGCAAGGUGUUUGACUACCUGGAGUCGCGAAGAGAGCGGAACACAAAAAAACAUUUCAAGCAAAAAAACUUGAUUAUCCUAAGAUCCUGCAACGAGCUACUACGGAGGCUCUCGAGGGCAGAAGAUACCGUCUUCUGUGGACGUGUGUUCAUUUUUCUAUUUCAAAGCUUCCCACUGGGAGACAAGAGUGCCGUCAAUCUCCGGGGUGAAUACCACACAGACAAUGUCACGACUUACGAUGAGAUCGUCAAAGCCGCCGUCAGAGAAAAUGAAGAUGGCGAUGUAGAAAUGUCAGACGACAAGGAAGCAGAAGCGCCCAAAGAAGAACUUGAGCCUUCUGGCGCUGCAGCUAGUGACUCGCAAUCUAUCGUGCAGGAAACCCCUAGCACGCCCAAGGUGAUCAUCUCCAAGGCCAAAGAGGCCUCUGGAGACAAGGCGGUCGACUUGGACGCCCUCUACCCAAUAUUUUGGAGUCUGCAGGCCUACUUCUCCGCCCCGACCAAGACCUUCGACGCGCAGCACUUCAUGGCCUUCAAAUCCGGGCUUGAAGCUACACUCGCCGCCUUUAAGAGCGUGGACACUGAUCUUGAGACAUCUAGCAGCGUAAAAGCCUCGGAAGAGCGCAAGUCUAACAAGCGCAAACGAACCGCAGAUGGACAGGAGAUCGCUAGCAGCUUCAAUCCGAAGUACCUAACAAGCAGGGACUUAUUUGACCUUGAGGUGAACGAUACCGCCUUUCGAAGACAUGUGCUUGUUCAAGCCCUCAUCCUUCUGGACUUCAUGCUGUCUCUGACCGCAAAAUCCAAGGCUAAGCUUGCCGAUUUGACGAACAAGUCGGUGUUGUACGGCUUUUUGCUAAGCGAGGAAGAUGCUAAAUGGGCGGUUAAAAUGCGGAAGUCCAUAGAGGAGUACUUGCAAGAAGGUGCCGGAGGCAAGUUCUACUACCGGAUGGUGGACACCGUUCUUUCCAGAGACAAGAACUGGGUGCGAUGGAAAGCAGAAGGCUGUCCAUUGAUUGAACGGCCGGCUGUCUCUGUAUCCGAUUACAUCGGAGCUCGUGAACAUGCAACUAAGUCGUAUGCAAACAAACGCCUCCGCCCUUCGCCUAUGGGUUCGCUUAAUCUCCAGUUCCUCUCCGAGGGGGAAUCCUUGGCGGGCUUGGAGAGGUUAAAAGAUUCCGAAAGGUUCUCGGUUCCUGCUGCGGAUGCACUUAUGAUGAGUAUCAUGGACGACGAGUUAGACUUCGACACUGCUCAGACGAAAGAGGAGAAAGAUUACGCUCUGCGGUCCAAGGCGAGCAAGACGUGGCGCAUACUACGGCUCUCCGCAAAAAGCAAACUUGCAGCAUUUGACAAGAUUGAGGACGGCAAAAACCUGAAAAUUCUCUUCGCCACGGCCCAGCCAUCUGAUGGAACGCCCCAGACCCUUGAAGGGACCCCUCAAGCUUCAGAUGUCACGGCGUUGGGGAAGCCGUCGACAGAGGACGAAUCCGCUGAGCCGGGACAAGACCUUGGGACCACGAACGCUGAGGUUGGGAACACAACCGUCGCCACCGAGGAGACUCUGAUCAACCCCAAGGACGACGCAAUUGCGCCAGACACUAAGGUGAUGUGAAGAACGCCACGUAUUCGCAUGCACGGAGUAAUUGGGUAUUGAACCCAUCUGUGCUUGAGUGUGAUUGGCGCCCUCUGAGCCGAUUGCUACGAUCUUACCUCUGCUUUGGGCUUUGUGGCUGUAUGCAUCCAUAUCACCACGCUAGUUCUGCG